AUGGCUCAGCUGCAGCGGAGACGUCAAUCCCAGCAACAGCUGCAGCAGCAGCAACAACACCAACGCUUAAUCUCCACGAAGAAACAGUUGGCUGAGCAGGCCACAUUGACAGUUACACACAGCAUACAGGCAGUAAAAUCGCUGAUGGAGACCUCGGUCGGCUGCUUUACGUACUUGAGAGCGCUCUUUCCGGAAGAGAACUUUGAGGAUGCUACAGUUCCAGGCGCCAAUACCAAGCUUGACGACCAAGGCAGGCCUAUAAAGACCUCGCGUGAUGGGAGCAUCAAGGUCAAAAAGCUGAAGCGAGGAUGGUCAAAGGAAGCCGAUCAGCUGCUCUCCUACUUGGAGGAGGGCGUGUGCGACGCCUUGCAGCGCAACUACCUCCAGUCCUUGGUAUUUGCUGUCUCCAUAGACAAGGCUCAUCCGAACGAGGUCAUUGAGGUGUACACUUUCAACUUCACGUAUCGUGCGAUCAAAGGCAGCAAAAUCAAGUUACCUGUCCUUGAGAUGGUGGACAAGCUAAGGGACAUAUCCAUCUGGAACGCGGAGCCUAUCGAGGCUCUGCCAACGAUGCGCGAUGUGCGCUCUUCCACUCAGUCGAUCAUCCGCUCCUUGAUCACGUUGACACAGUCACUCAUUGACUUGCCUAGACAUCGUUAUCUUACUCUCAAGCUCUCUUACAACGACAAUUGUCCGCCUGAAUACGAGCCUGAACACUUCAGAGCCGCGGAUCCGAAGCGCGAGCAUUUUGUGUACACAACUCAGGGGCUAUCGGAUAGAGCAGAGCAGAUGCAGGUCGGCUGCCUACAGACGGGAUACCAUGGCUUAAAUCUCCACGUCGGCUCUAUUGCACACCUCCUCCCAUCCCCCGAAGAGGUCAUGGAGAAGGGUCAAGGAAAGUCGCUAGCGGAGCAGAAACAGAUAGAAGAACAAUCACAACUACAGAGCGCUAUGGCGCGUGUCGUGAUCUGGGAUGCCGAGGAGCAAGCCGUUCCUCAAGAGAUGGAGAUCAAGUCGGAAGAUGAGGCAGAAGAAGAAAGUCCAGCUUUGAUGACUCCUUCGAGACGCGCCAAGGCCAUACAGAAUCGUCAACGUCGCAAACGCUUGGGUCUCGGUCGACCCGAACGUGGUGCUCCUCUCGGACUUCGUGAUGCGGAAGGCAAGAUUGGCCCGGUUCCACCCUCGGCUUGGCAGGUGGCUCAGCGCCGUGCCGAAGCUCGCGAACGAGGUCAGACUUUGGAUGACAGGGACGAUCUUGAUGACGUCACUCUCUUCGUAGCCAAAGCAAUCCAGCGAGAGCUGCACGCAACGGACAAUUCAAUCAAUCAAGCCUUGGAGCAGAAUUGCAACAGUCCUGGUUACACCAUGUCAAUCCCAGCAACGCAGCUUCUAGACGCUUCGUUACGGUCCGCAGCGUCCGAUCGUCAUGGAAACCUGGUGCAUAAUAAAGAGAAUCACAUUUCUGGGGCGGCUGUUCAGAAGGCCCUACCGACGCCGUCCUUUGAUAUCAAUGACUACCUCGCGUCGCCUGGACUCCAAUCACCUUCGGUUUCAGCAUCUCCCACGCCGAUGCGGACUCACAGUGGCGCGCUUCAGUCCGGCCGGGCGGAUGAACCUCCCGAUCGUGCUCUUUCCAAGGAUGCCGCAUCUGACAAUCCAGGUGCAAGCUUGCCAAGUCUCUCGCAGGCUGAGCCCUUGAAGGGCGCGGCCAGCGGGUCUGACCAUCUGUCUCAGACCCAAACGCAAGCGACGCUUGUUCAGUCCCGACGAGUACCGACUCGUUCAUCAACGCGUCUGCGAAGCAUGUCAAGGGCGCCGCAUACCAAGAGCCCUACUUUUGCUGCACCCGUCAAGCACACAGCUGCUGUCGAGACAUCGGGGGUGGAGUCUGCAUCAGCCAACGGACAGGAUGAAGAUCCGGCGCUACGAUUGACCCAAGUCAUGCUUCAGUCUCGUCACAAAAAAAGCAAAGGCGGCAACAAAAAGAAGCAACAAGGCCUGCAAAGUGACGGCGCCUUGGAUGAUGGCUUGAUGGUCCACUGUGAUCAGUGCAAGAAAUGGUUCCAUGGAGCCUGCUAUGGCUACCUCAGAGACGUCGAUUUACCGGAUAACUUCGUCUGCUACGACCCCCUGCAUACAGUUGAGCAGGACGCCCUGCGCGAGAGCGUGCUGGCAGAGCUGGGUUCCCUUGCGCUAGUCCGCCGCGCUUUAUUCAAGCUGCACGAGAAAGGAUGGGAUGGGGUAGGAAAUUUCGCAAAGCGUCUCGGGUGUGCUCCGGCGACAGCUGCCCUCGUGCGCGCGCAAUGUCAGAACGAGGGAUAUCUGGAGGCGACUCCGAACGCAAAGCCCUUCAAGCGACUUACGCCGGCUGCGCUCGAAGUAGUCAAGACCGCGGACAUUGUGCGCAAGAAAAACGCCAGGUAUUUCACGCCAAGAGGCGGUGCCGAGGCGGAGACCUUGAGAAAAUGGAAAGUUGCGUGUCCUACCGCGAAGAUUUCCGGCUUUGACGAUCUUCAGGGAUCCGCGAUCCAGAAAGACGCAUCGCAGAUCACAGAGGACAUUGAGAUGGCCGACGAUUCGCAGUCUAUCCCCGAACUUCGAUCGCAAGUCGAGCAGACCUCUGAUCAGGUCAUGGCUGAGCAUGAUUCGAUCCAGGCGUCGCCAGAAGUAGCAGGCGCACGCUUACCAUCACCAUUCUAUCCAUUGCAACGACCGAUGGGAAGUUCGUCAUCGUCAGCUAACGCAUUCCCGCAAGCAACGUCUGGCGAGAUUUCACCCGGUCCCACCAGCACGAUCCCUUCGAGCACGGCCUUCCGCCCACUCUCUGAGCGCAGCCCCAACGAACGCAUAUCUACGCCUUCGCCACGUUCGCAAGUUGGCAAGAGAGUUGCACCAAUCGAUGAUCACGAAAUGAACGUCAGCACCCCCGGUAUUUUCCCUCCACGCCCACUCAAAGUGCAGAAAGCGAGCUUGUCGAUGCCCAUCGAGCUCGAUGACCGCGAUUUUGAUGUUUGA